AUGAGUUCAGGAAAAAAGAAAUUGACAGAUGAAGAAGUUCGAGAAAUGAUAGAAGAUAGUGAUGAUGAGGACUUCAGUGACGGAAGUGAUGAAGAAUUCGUACCGAGUGGAGAAGAGCUGGAAGACUCGGAAAUGGAAGAUGUCAUCGAAGACAUCGAAUAUGAUAGAAACUAUGUUUGCGAAAGCCAACCAAAUGAAAACGAUAGGAAUCGAGCAUUGUCUAGUCCUUCCGAAUCAACCGACGAGGAAAACGAUCCUUAUGAGGGGCUAGAUAAACCUGGAACUGUCGUUGCAAAAUUAUGCGAGCUACUUCUAGAUCAAGGACGAGUACUUAUUGCUGACAACUACUAUACCAGUGUUCCUUUGGCAAAAUACUUAAAAGAUCGUAAAACUGACUUAUGCGGAACCUUACGAAAAAAUCGAGUGGGAUUGCCAUUGAACGUUACCAAAUCGAAACUGAAAAAAGGACAAUGUGUCGCUAGACAAAAAGAUAACUAUAUUACCGUGUUGAAGUGGCAUGAUAAACGUGAUGUUCUCAUGAUAUCCACUUGUCAUGGGGACGAGAUGACUAGCGUGCGUACGAGAUUGGGUGAAACAUUGAAGCCAAAUGCCGUCAUCGAUUACAACGAUGCAAAGAAGGGCAUAGAUGUAGCAGACCAGCUUUCCUCAUAUCAUUCUCCGUUGCACAAAAGUCUGACCUGGUUCAAAAAAGUUGCUGUUGACUUGCUUUUUAGAGUAGCGGUGGUUAAUGCGAGAUGCAUAUACAACGAGUAUUCCACCGGGGCUCCACUUACCAUGCUAGAAGUCCAGGAGCAAAUUAUUCGACAUCUUCUUGGACCUUCUGCAAACGUAACCACACCAGCUAGGCCUCCCUCCCAAGGGCUGUCGACACAUAAGCUAACAGAAAUUCCUCGACGAAACAACAUGCUUGUGCGAAAACGUUGUACAAAUUGCUACACAAAAUUACGCAAGGAAGGAAUGCCGGCUGCCUCGAAAGCCAAGCAAGUGCAUACGGAAUGUAUUCAGUGCCAGAAAGCUUUUUGUUUAGACUGCUUCAAUAACGUUCAUUGUUGA